AUGCAACCUAUAUACAGUACUUUCGUUUUCCUCUUUGGACAGAAGCAGAUUGAAGACGUAAGUGAGAACCUCCACAGUUCUCUUUCCCAGAAUAGGUACACCUUUAAGGCAGGACAUAAAACCCUUCUUGAUGGAAAACAAAAACGAACAUUUAUCCAGCUCACUUGCCACAUUGAAUUUACUGAAGUCUGACCUCAUUUGCUCCAUCUGCUUGGAGUUGUUCCGGGAUCCUAUCUCUCUUGAAUGUGGCCACAAUUUCUGUGCUCAAUGCAUCACCUGUCAUUGGGACUCCGGUGUUCCAGAAUCCCAACCCCCUUGCUGCCCUGAGUGCCGGAAGAGGUGUGAUAGGGGGAAGCUGGUUCCAGAUGUUCGGCUCCGGAAUCUGUUGGAGAACAUGAACUCCCUUCAGCAGAAGAUGCCCUCUGAUAUUUGCAGUGCAGAGGCAAAGCCUCUGCAGCUGGUUCAAGCUGAACCCAGCAGGGAUAUCAGCCUCUGUCCAGAGGUUCUGGAUCAAUGUUUGAAUCACCCUCAAGUCAAGAACAGUCCGGUCUGUCUCAUCUCUGUCAUGGGGGAACAGAGAACAGGAAAGUCUUUCCUUCUCAACUAUCUAAUCCAAGGAAUGCAGGGUCUGGAGUCCAAGGAUGCCCAGUGGAUGACAGGAGGAAGAGCUCAACAGAGGUUCCAGUGUGCACCAGGAGCUGAAAGCAUCACCAAGGGCCUCUGGAUAUGGAGCCGGCCAUUUAUUCUGGAGAGGAAUGGGGGGAAGGUGGCCGUGUUUCUUGUGGACACAGAAGGGUCCAUAAGUCCAGGACAGGACAAGGAAACAAAUGCCAAGCUUGUGGCCCUCAGCAUGCUGCUCAGCUCUCAUCAGAUUCUCAAUGUUUCUCGGAUGUUGAAGCAAACAGAUCUGGAGUGUCUGGAGAUGUUCCUCCACAUUGCUGAAGAGAUAGGAGAAUAUUUUAAGAUGGAACCAGUACAGCAUCUGAAUUUCUUAGUUCGUGACUGGUUUUAUCCGGCUACAUUUGGAAAGAAGGCAGGCCAAACACACUUGACUAAUGUGACCCAGAACAUUUCUGACAAAUACCCCAGGAUUUGGAAGAUUCUUAAGAAUCAACAAGCCUGCUGCUAUCUCUUGCCAUUUCCUGGGAAAAAAGUGGCAAGCAGCAGCAAUGGAAAGCCAGAAGACAUGGAUUCAGAUUUCUAUCAGUAUCUACAUGACUACAUCACAGAUGUCUGCAGUUCAGCCACGCAGCAUGUGAAAAAGCACUCAGAUGGACAAAUUCUCACUGGGGGGAAAUUAGCUGAAUUCAUCACGAGACUCUCCCACCAGUUAACGAAGAAAGAAUUUGGAUUCUACUCCUCGUUUGAUUCGAUUGCUACUGAACUCCAUGAUAUGAGGAUGCUUGAAGCUGCUAAAAAAGAAUUGGAGGACUUUGUGAAGGAACAGGAUACUUCCACAAAGUCCACGUUUGCUUCUCUUAAGACUCUUCCUGAGACUAUGAGGAAACGCCUCUCAGAUAAGAAUGAUGCAAUCAUAAAGCAUCUCAAAGAGACUUUGAAGAGCCCAGGGAAGAGUCAAAUCAUGAACGACUUUGAAAAAGAGAUUCAGAAGAUAGUUAAGGACUUCCAGGAUUCCUACAGGAAGCGUUUCUGUGGUCAGACUGUUGCCCUGGGUGGACUUGUGGGAGGUGGAAUCCUGGCAGCGGCUGGUGGAAUAGUGGGAAUUGGUGUGGCAGCCACUGUUUUGACUCUGGAAGCUGCAGCUAUGGCCACAGGGGCCACUGUGGGUGCCACAGUGGUUGGGGGUGGUAUAGGGGCUGGCAUAGGGGCCCUUGUGGGUAGGGCCAAAGGUAAGGAAACAGUUCCUGAAGAGGAAGAGAAAAAACCCCUUUUCCAGGAUGAUGAAUGAACCCUGGCAACCAGGGAGAAGGAAAGAAGGAGAGGGAAUAAUGAAGCAUGAGGGAGGGCCUUGGGUUACCAGAUUUUGAUGAGGGUCAAUAAUCAGUAGAGAGUAGGAGAGGUGCUCAGAGAAGGCCUAGUCUAGAAAGUUCAUAAAAUCAGUGACACACCACACAGGCCCAUGAAAUAGGCGCUAAAGCCACCAUAUCCUCUCCUCUAUCUACUGGUUAUUGACCGCCCUCUUCCCAACUCUGUUCCCAACUCAGGAAGCAAUGAUUUUCCCUGUCCUCAGAGACUGGCUACAGAACAAUUUCCUGUAUCAGCUCCACUCCCUGAUAGGUCUUGGCCUGAUAUAGGAAUAUAUGGAUGGCAUCCAGCCUACACUUGACGUUGUCUAAAUGAUUCCUGAAAGGACAAGAUAGAGCCUUGCCCUCAAAUCACAGUCUAAAGCAGACAGGAAACUAUUUUGUAUCCCAGAGAAAUUUACUGAUCAUAGUUAACCUAAACCAGAUAAAACCCCAGUCUAAAUUUCAUUGUUGAGGGAGAAGGGAACCUAUAGCAUUUCGCUUACUGGAGAGUGGAUGAAGCCCACGAUGGACAAAAGCAGAAUGUUCACUGAAUAGAGAGGAAAGACAGAGAUGAUGGAUCACAUUAUAGGGAGAACAAUGCCACAGGUGUCUCCUCUUGCACAGGACUCCCUGAGACUAAAUUUUCUUAUAAGUAAAAUGAAGAGAUCGACUUUCUGAGAUUCUUUCCUGCUCUAGAUCUGUGAUUUUAUGUUCAUUGUUGAAUUGGAUAUCCAUGAUAUGAAUGAAUGAAUUUAAAAGCAUUUAUUAGGGGGCAGCUGGGUGGGGCAGUGGAUAGAGCACCGGCCCUGGAUUCAGAAGUACCUGAGUUCAAAUCUGGCCUCAGACACUUAGCA